AUGACCAUAGGACAGUCUUUAGUAAAUGGGCAAACACUAGUUUCAGCGCAAAGUACUUUUGUGCUAGGCUUCUUCUCGAACGGGGACAGCUCGUAUCUAUGGAUAUGGUAUAAUUACUUGAAACCUCAAACUAUUGUCUGGGUGGCUAACCGUGACACGCCAAUCAAGGGAGGCAAUGGAGUGUUUUCAUCAGCACAAGCUCUCUUGACCUUCUGGAUAGAAGAGGAAACAAAGUGUUGUCGGUGGUACACUCAACACCAACAACCCACAACAGCAUUCCUUCUGGAUUCUGGCAACCUUAUCAUCAACGACUCAGCGUCUGAGAAUCCAAAUCCACUUUGGCAAGGUUUUGAUCAGCCCUGCGACACACUGUUGUCCAAUAUGAGGAUUGGGACUGGGCCAUGGAACGGCCAGGGCUUCAGCGGUCUUCCCGCCCUGAAGAUGACAAAUGUGUUGGUGUACAACAUGACUGUUGGUGAAGGCAGUGCGUAUUACUCUUUCACUGCUUUGGACCGGUCGAUCCAGUGGCACCUUGUCGCCAGCCCAGAUGGUCAUGCUCAUCGCUGGCACAGCAACACAAGCAACGAGUGGGUCAGUACUGGCAUUUGCCUCAGGAUCAAUGUGAUGCCUAUGCGUAUUGUGGUCCAAACACCACGUGCUACAACUCUGAUUGCCACUGCCUACAAGAACUUGUCCCCAAUCAAGUCCGAGAGCGACUGGAACCAGAGGACAUAUGCAGGUGGCUGUGUGAGAGAUGUGGUGCUGCCUUGCUCAAGGCCAAUGGGUCAUGGUUUCGCCCAUCUGUCACAUGUCAAGGUGCCUGACACGCUGAAUGCCACCAUGGUGAUUGGCAAGGGAUGGGACGACUGCAGGAAGUUGUGCUUGGGAAACUGCUCUUGCAGCGCUUGUACUGUUUUUUUGGAGAUAGUGAUUGUGUCACCUGAUCGAAACAUUGCUAUCAUUGUUUCUGUUUCUACCAUUGGGAUGGUGCUGAAGUGUUUGGAGCAGAACAUGAGCAUGCACCAGGGCCUUAAGCUUGCGGCUCCCCUUGAGAAGAAUUUAGACCUGGAUACUAUUAGAGUCUCCACCAAUAAUUUUUCCAAACAAAAUAUUAUUGCUUCUAACCGAUCUAGAACUAUCUACAAGGGAAUACUACCAAAUUUUUCGGAUUUGGCAGUGAAAAGAUUAAACAUGGAAAUAGGACUUGUGGAGCUGAAUAAUGAGGUGAAAAUGCUGGCAAGGCUUGACCAUCCAAACAUCAUAAGGAUGCUGGGAUCGUGCAUAGGAAAUAAUGGGAACAUGAUAUGCUAUGAAAACAUGCCUGUUGGUAGUCUUGAUGCAGUUCUUUUCGGUUUUAGGCACGCAACUGUUCUCGAUCUAGGCCUAUCUGAAGGGAAGGCUGAGAACUUUAGGGUAACAUCUGGAUACCGCGCUCCUGAGUUGUUUUAUGGCGAGUACUCUGUGAAGUCCGAUGUCUACAGCUUUGGUGUAGUACUUUUGGAAAUAGCAACAGGCGGCAAAGCUACAUCAUUUUGUAGAGAAGAUACUGACGACUUCCCAAGAUAUGUUCGACAACAUUGGACCCAGGGAACGGCUGAUCAGUUGAAAGAUCCAAGAAUUGGUGACGCUCCUAAAGGAGAGUUUGAAAGAUGCAUUCAUAUAGCAGGUGUCCGUUGUGUUCAGGAAGAUCCGGCCGUGAGGCCUACCAUGUCAUUCAUCAGGAACACAUUAUCAGCAAUCCGGCCUUAG